UCUUUUCCAUGGAUAAAUCUUCGAUUUCCGUGUCAAGCAAGCAUCCACUCUCCCUCUCUCUCCUUUCCCCACACCUCCAUUUCUUAAUCCAUGGGCAAUAACCAAACCCCAAUUCCAUAAAUUCCCCUAUCCAUCUCCUUCACUUGCCCCCUUUUCUUGCCUUCUAAUCCUCCUCCUCACCCACUUUUCACCUCUCCAUCUUCUUUUUGGGGCUCAUGCGAAAUUGAUUACCACUUGAUUAUUUCAUUUGCUUCUGCGGGAAAUGGGACAGGAGGCCGCGGUUGUUGGCGCAGUGGCGGCCGGAGCGCCGCCGCCGACUUCUCUGGCGCCGGGGUUCAGGUUCCACCCCACCGAUGAGGAGCUCGUCAGGUACUACCUCAGGAGGAAGGCUUGCGGGAAGCCGUUUCGGUUCCAAGCUGUAAUUGAGAUCGAUGUCUACAAAUCUGAGCCCUGGGAGCUCGCUGAUUACUCGUCUCUGAAGACGAGAGAUCUCGAGUGGUACUUCUUCAGCCCCGUGGACAGGAAGUACGGGAAUGGGUCUCGCCUGAACCGUGCCACAGGUAAAGGCUACUGGAAAGCGACUGGAAAGGAUAGAGCCGUGCGCCACAAGAAUCUGACCAUAGGGAUGAAGAAGACGUUGGUGUUCCAUAGCGGGCGAGCGCCUGAUGGCAAGCGGACCAAUUGGGUGAUGCAUGAGUAUAGGCUCUGCGACUCAGAGCUGGAACGGGAUGGGGUCAUACAGGAUGCGUAUGUGCUGUGUAGGAUCUUCCAAAAGAGCGGCCUGGGACCCCCGAAUGGGGACAGGUAUGCCCCUUUUGUCGAAGAGGAAUGGGACGAGGAUGCAGUGGUGGUGGUGCCUGGAGGAGACACUGAAGAUGAUGUGGCCAAUGGUGAUGAAGCACGAGUCGAGUGCCCUGAUCUCGAUCAGGAGACUCCGCCUCUCACGAUGGCUCCUCCCCAGGCGGAUAACCCGACAGGGACACAAUCUCUUCAGUUUAUGUGCAAGAGGGAGAGAUCUGAAGACCCCGAGUUGCUCUCUUUAUCUCAAAGCAAAAGGGGGAAGCCCGACGAGGAUCCCAACUCAGGCCACGCAAAUGGAUCCGAAGAUUCAACCACGACCAGCCAGGAUCCUUGUACAAUGAUGAUGACGACAAAUUUUUCUUCCGGACUACUGGAGUUUCCUCUAAUGGAACCGAUAGAAAACCCGCCCGUGAGCACGCUGGCAUUCGACUCCUCCAACCUAGAGAAGUCGGUGCCUCCCGGGUACCUGAAAUUUAUCAGCAACUUAGAGAACGAGAUCCUGAACGUCUCCAUGGAGCGGGAGACGUUGAAGAUUGAGGUGAUGAGAGCCCAAGCAAUGAUCAACAUUCUUCAAUCGCAGGUGGAGCUAGUGACCAAGGAAAACGAGGACUUACGGAGACGUGCCUAGGAGGACGAUGAACAUGGUAUCUAUAUGUAAUUUUCGGGGCCGGAUUCCAUCUCCAUUGCUUCGGUAGAGAGAGAUUUGGUUCUGUAGUUUGGUGCGGACGAACUGUGCAUUUGUCGAAAAUUCUAUGGUCUUUUGUCGAACCUACUUCGUUUCAAUAAAAUAUUAUGUUUAGAAUAA